AAGUUCCGAGCCUUGUGCGUUUGUGGGACCCGUCUCACGAGUGCACGGCGUCUGUCGCGCCUCGGAUUUGGGUUCUGGGGCGUGACAGAUUUAGUGGUAUCAGAGCUUAGGUUUAAUUAAGAUUUUGGGAUGUCAAAGUCUAGGUUUAAUUAAAUACCUAGGAUUUGUUUUGGAUUUGGCUAGCCAAUGGAUCUUAGAACCGUGGUGAGACGAGUGAUGGGGUUAGACAAGGGACGAUUUUGAUUGUAAAUGUUGGUGAAAUUGAUCUAGUUCUGGAACUUUUAGUUUGAAUGAUAAACUGAGAUGAUAAUGAUAAAUCUGGAAUUUGUGUUUGGGGAUUUUAAAUGCUCUGUUGAUAAAAGUUCUUGCAAAAUUGAUUGACUUAGUUUUAUGGUUCCUUGUGUCAUUGUAUCUUCUGAUGAGGUAUUGUGCUUAGACUCAAAUCUGUUUUGCGUUUAGGCUUACCGUUUUGGGUGUGUGAUGAAGAGGGACUCUAAGCUUUUCAGCUCCUCCCCUCUUCUUCCACUCCGGAAAUCAUUUCCAAUUCUUGAUGCUUUUUGUUCUCUAAAUCUCCAGUUCCCUUCAGUUUUUGGAGUGGAUGAUGAUUUUAGUGUCUGUGUGAAUCUGCUUGUAAGCUUUUGUUUCAGACUUAAAACAAGUUAUUUUGCAUUCAUAAUGGUAAUUAAAUUGGUUCGUUUCUCGUGUUUCAAUCGUAUGACUCUGGUUCAAUACAUCUGUUUGAUACUUGAUGAUUUUUGAGUGGAUAACUUGAUUCGCCUGUGUAAUGAACUUAGAUGUGAAGCGACAAUGAUCAAUAAGGAAUUUUCAUGUCCUGACGGAAAUCCUUAUGGGAUUUGAGUCUAUAUGUUGUGUGUGUCCAUGUCAUGCUAGUGUCCAAGCUGUGGUUGAUACUACUUAGUUUCUGUACAUAUCCAAAUGCUCUUGCAGGAAAGGAUAGUGUUUCACACAUGAGUGAAAUUUUUCCUGCUAAAUAGUCUACCCAAUAUUUUUGCCUAGACUUGCUUCUAGAUGUCCAUACCUGAAAUUGCUGUUUUUGAUCUCAUUUCUGUGUUGUUCUAGGUGUGUUUGAGGCUGAUUGUUCCCUUGUUUUGGUCUUAAAUUGUCGUGGAAUUUAUACUAAACUCUGGUUUGGAACUACCUUAAUUUCUGAAAAAUUUCCAGCUCAAUCAAUAUGUAAUUGAUUUGAAUUCUAGCAACCUGAUCUGGGAGUAGUAUUAUGUACAUAACUUCUUCUGUAGAUGUUGGAUUAAAGCCAUUCCUGGUUUUAUAGAAAGCUAAGGGAUAGUGUUAAUUUUUCGAUUAAGCAUUCAAACCAGUUCUGCCAUGUCCAAGGAGAAAAUUUGGUUGUAAUCCUUGUGCUUAGAAUCUGACCAGUAUUUUGCCCUUUUAUUCAGCUGUUUUCUAGUCUGUUUUAGGCUAAGUUCAAGUGCGUUUGAGUUGCUAUUUUAGCUGUCAGAUGCUCCACCAUUUUGCGUGCAUAAGAAUAAAAUUGGGUGCUAAAA